GAAUGGGAUACUUCGUCUGUACUAGAAUCGAUUACUUCCCAGAGGGGCUGGAAUCUGACAGCUCCACAGACUCGGAGGGAAAAAUACUACAGGUUGUUCGAGCUUCAAGUGCCUUCCCUAUACUUGCUCUCAUCGUACAAACUAUCGCUACUAUAGUGUGCUUUGUCGGCCAUUAUAGGAAGCACAAAGUACAUUUGAUACUCAUUGCAGGAGUUCUAUCCGUCCUAGCAGGUUUGUGUAGCAUCGUGGGAUUAUUUAUUUAUAUAUCCAGUGUCAGUGAGGAAUAUGCGAGCAAAGCACGGCCACGGAGUGCCAUCAGUGAUCCUACUUUCUACUACCAUUACGGGUGGUCAUUUUGGCUUGCUGUUUCUUCGUUUACACUAACAGAAGCAGCUGGUGUAUUAUCUGUCUACCUUUACGUCUCACGCCAUAGGCACGUCAUUAAAAAACACGUUGACUCGAGAAAGCACGUAGAUGCAUUUCCCAGAUUACGGUCAGAUUCAGGGUCGCAGGAUAUGUACCGUCUCACCCGCAACCAACACGACUAUUAUAGCGCCCCACAUCUGCAGGCAUCUGACUACAGUACUGAUAGUUCCAGGGAUAUCGGCAUGAGUUUACUCAAUUCAACUGAACGACACCCUUCAAGGAAACUGUAUAUGCCCAGAAGAGAACGUCGGUUGCCACGACAACAUUCCUUUGAAACGGUCCGUAAAACGACACCGGUGUGA